CAAAAGAACAAAAGAAUCUCUCUCUCUCUCUCUUGAUUUCCAUAUUAGAAUUACAGGAUACAGGUUAAGCAUAAGCUAACCUCAUCAACCUCUGACAUAUUGACCAGAAUUUCCUGCAAUUGGAAGCAAUGAAGACAAACCCAUGAAGUCUGAAAGACACACUUAACUCCCCAACAUCAUCACCACCAAAUCCUUGUAAUUGGUAUAAUAAGCUGUUAAGAAUGUACACAACAGGAAGAAGCAAUGGAAGAAGAGGAAGCCAUCACUGAAUUGUUUCUGACUAUCAUGGGGGACUACAGAGACUCUGUAAUUCCUCCCUUGUCAUACUUCUCCCCUUUGCCUCAAACCAUCACCACCUCCACUGCCACUGCCCGCGGCGGAAGCAGAGACAGAAAAGCCCAGUUGCCAAAAGAUCAAUCAUACACAAAGGUAGCUGAGCUCUUUAAAGAUCUUCAAACCAUAGUUCCCACCCUGCAACUUAAGCCUACCAGCACCCAAGAAAGGGUAGUGAGUGAGACAAUCCAUUACAUUGCAGAACUAGAGCAGAAGCUUAUGAAGUUGGAAGCAAAAAGAAAGGCUUCAGUGGCAGCAAUGGUGGAACAGUCAUGUACCCACCAGAAUUUUUCAGUGGAGGUGAGGGUUUCAGGAGACAUUGCCUUCUUUGUUAUAGAGUCAGUGAUGCAGAAGGGUUUUGCAGUGAAGACAUUAAUGGUGUUGGAGAAGCACCAGGCAGAGGUACUGGCAGCCAACAUUAAUGCUAAUGAGCAUAAGAUAACGUUAACCAUCACAGCACUUGUCAAGAAGAGAGAUGGGGAUGAGGUCCAGAGGAUCAGAACGGACCUUUUGCUUCUUCUCUCUUGAUCUUGGAAUCUUGAUUUGGAGAGAGAGAGAGAGAGAGAGAAUUGUCAAUAAUCUAGGAAAGUGUUGGACUACCAAAAUGAGGCAUUGUUCUUGUGUACAGUAUACUACUAGUCUCCCUCUCUCAGGGAUUUAAAUCACAGUACAUACCAUUACUUAUACCAUUACUUAUACCAAUACUAU